CUUGAUCUUGAGCUUGUUUGUUACGUAGCUAUCCUCUUCGCCGCAAUUCCAUCUUGAAGAAGAUACAGUUGAAUCAAACUGUGAAUCUCUUUACUAUUUCAUCGAUCUUAUCUUCUUCAUCUCAUUAAUGGCUUUCACUUGUUUUCUGGUUCUACCUAAUAGUCUUUGCAUGAGACAAAGCACCUUUGAAUGAACAUCUUUAAGACCACCUCUUCCAUUCCAAAACUGAAUCUCAAAACCCAACUAUUUUCCGUUCCUUUCCUCCUUUAACUUCAAUCACUUAUUACCCACUUCAAUCUAUUUUGCAAUCAUGGCGUUACACUCAUCUGAUCUUGAUGAGCCAGUUCUUUCCUCAUUUGGGAAUAUUUCGGGUGAGAUUGAUGGCGGCCAACUCCAAGAACCCCUUAUUGUUAAUGGUCAUCAGCAUUCAGAAAACUAUUCUGUUAUUUCUGCAAUUCUGCCAUUUCUCUUCCCAGCAUUAGGUGGAUUAACCUAUGGUUAUGAUAUUGGUGCAACUUCUUGUGCUACAAUAUCUAUAGAGUCAUCUACACUUAGUGGUGUUUCUUGGUAUGAUCUCAAUGCAGUGCAAAUUGGUCUAAUAACUAGUGGGUCACUCUUUGGAGCUUUGAUUGGUUCUAUGGUGGCUUUCGUUGUUGCUGACUUUCUGGGAAGGAGGAGAGAGUUGGUUUUGGCUUCCAUAUUAUAUUUUAUUGGUGCUCUAGUAACUGGUUUGGCGCCAAACUUUGUGAUUAUGGUGAUUGGGCGCUUCAUUUUUGGUAUAGGAAUUGGACUGGCAAUGCAUGCUGCUCCCAUGUAUAUUGCUGAGACAGCUCCAAGUAAGAUUCGAGGCCAACUUAUCUCUUUGAAAGAAUGCUUCAUAGUUAUAGGGAUGCUUAUAGGUUACACCCUGGGUAGCUUUUUAGUUAACAUAGUGGGUGGGUGGCGCUACAUUUAUGUAGCUAGUACUCCCUUUGUAUUGAUUAUGGGGGUAGGAAUGUGGUGGUUGCCAGCAUCCCCAAGAUGGAUACUUCUAUGUGCUAUACAGGGAAAGGGAAGUAUGCCGGAACUAAGAGAGAAAGCCAUAUUCUGCUUAUGUAGACUACGGGGUGAAUCUAUUGGCGACUCAGCUCCAGCACAAGUAGAUGAAAUUCUGACUGAGCUUUCCUAUACUGGUGGAGAGAAAGAGAUCACCUUAGCUGAGAUGUUCCAUGGAAAAUGUUUGAAAGCUCUAAUUAUCGGUUGUGGGUUAGUCUUGUUUCAGCAGAUUACUGGGCAGCCCAGUGUACUGUAUUAUGCUGCAUCCAUCUUUCAGAGUGCAGGUUUUUCUGCGACAUCUGAUGCAACAAGGGUCUCAAUUCUUCUUGCUUUGCUGAAGUUGGUCAUGACUGGAGUAGCAGUUUUGGUUAUUGAUAAACUUGGAAGAAGGCCUCUACUACUUGGAGGUGUUUCUGUCAUGACAAUAACAUUGAUCCUCCUUGGGUCAUAUUACACUUUCCUGGAUGGUAAACCAGCUAUAGCAGUAGUAGCACUCCUACUAUAUGUAGGCUGUUAUCAGCUAUCGUUUGGCCCAAUUGGUUGGCUGAUGAUUUCUGAGAUUUUUCCAUUGCGACUAAGAGGACGUGGGUUAAGCAUAGCUGUGCUUGUGAAUUUUGGAUCUAAUGCAGUUGUAACAUUUGCCUUUUCUCCUUUGAAGGCCUUGCUCGGGGCUGGAAUCUUAUUCUAUGGGUUUGCUGUAAUAGCUGCAAUUUCUGUCGUUUUUAUAUAUUUCAUGAUACCAGAGACUAAAGGGCUUACUCUGGAGGAGAUAGAAGCUAAAAUCCUUUAGCGGUGUUUUUUUGGUACCUCAAAAUAUUCAAGUUUGGUUCUGAUAUAGAGAUGAUGCUCAUCUCUAUUCCAUUUUCAUGCCUAAAUUGUGUAAUUAGUGUGUGUUUGGUAUAAGCCAUAAGAAUACAGUGUACAAGUUGUAAGAGUUAUUAGUACGUGUUUUGUAUAAGGCAUAUGAACAUUUGUAAGGUCAUUUGUUUCUAAUAAAAGAUUGUUUAUGAUGAAAAUUGUUGUU